CGGUGAUUGACAGCAGGCACCCAAGAAGGCCAAGAGAAGGGCAGCAGAGGGUGGCAGCUCCAAUGUCUUCUCCAUGUUUGACCAAACACAAAUUCAGGAGUUUAAGGAGGCCUUCACUGUCAUUGACCAAAACCGAGAUGGCAUCAUUGACAAGGAAGACCUAAGGGACACCUUUGCAGCUAUGGGCCGACUGAAUGUGAAGAAUGAGGAACUGGAUGCCAUGAUGAAGGAGGCCAGUGGACCCAUCAACUUCACUGUCUUUUUGACCAUGUUUGGAGAGAAAUUGAAGGGUGCUGAUCCAGAGGAUGUGAUCACUGGAGCCUUCAAAGUCCUGGACCCCGAGGGGAAGGGAUCCAUCAAGAAGCAAUUUCUGGAGGAGCUGCUUACAACCCAGUGUGACCGAUUCUCUCAGGAGGAGAUCAAGAACAUGUGGGCAGCCUUCCCCCCAGAUGUAGGAGGCAACGUGGACUACAAGAAUAUCUGCUAUGUCAUCACCCAUGGAGAUGCCAAGGACCAGGAGUAG